AUGGUAUAUCUACCGCCCCCCCACCUCGCCUCCGCCUCUCGACCAUCCUAUGCCGAAGCCUACGCCAAGAUCCUCGCCUCACAUCGACGCUCACCCAAGACCGCCGCGUCCUCGGUCGUCAUUCUCGUUGCGCCCGACGUCGACGCGUUAUGCGCCUCGAAGAUGCUCGCCGAUCUUUUCAAGCAGGACGAUGUCAUGCACCGAAUCAUACCCGUCUCCGGACACGCAGAGCUAGAGCGGAUACGAGACGAGCUUACGACAUACGCCGAGUUGCACACGCUGAUCAUGUUCAACAUGGGUGCCAUCCUCGACCUCCCGUCACCAGAGUGGUUUGGCGACUUCCCGACAUCCCUCACCGUGCAUGUCAUCGAUUCCUCAAGACCACAGAACUUGUCGACUGUCUUUGGCGGCGGCGAGAAUGGUGACCGAAUAAUCAUCUGGGACGACGGCGGUGUGGAAAAUUUAGAGGAAGAGCGGAAAGCUUGGGAGACCCUAACUUAUGCGCCCGAGGAAGACUCGGAUGAGGACUCGGACUUUGACUCUGAAGAAGAAGAGGCCGAAGAAGACGAGGAUGAUGACGAAGAAGGCUACGAUGACGGCCAAAGCUCAGCAUCCCAACCGCGGAAACGCAAGUCCCUGGAGGAGGGUGGGCGAAGACGCGGCAAGCGGCGACGAGUAGACGAACCCGCCCGCCUCUCGCGCGAAGAACGCGCGCAGCACGAAAGCCGCCUCAUCAAGUACUACCGCUCCGGCACCUGGCACGGCCAAAGCGCCGCGGGCACCAUGUACCUCCUCGCGACCGUCCUCGAGCGCGUCGACCCCGACCUGCUCUGGCUCGCGAUCCUCGGCCUCACCCACCAGUACGCGACCUCCCGCAUCUCGCGCGACGAGUACGACAAGUACCAGGCGAUCUACCACGACGAGGUCGCGCGCCUCAACCCCGCGCCGCCCGCCGCGCUCGGGGACGACCUCAAGGCCGCGGGCGCGGACGACCACUCCGUGUACGCGUCGGACGAGUUCCGCUUCAUGAUGUUCCGCCACUGGACGCUGUACGACGCCAUGUACCACUCGAGCUACGUCGCGAGCAAGCUCGGCAUCUGGAAGGAGCGCGGGCGCAAGCGCCUCACGGGCCUGCUCGCCAAGAUGGGCUUCUCGAUCCCGGAGACGCAGCAGCCGUGGCAGCACAUGGCCAAGGACCUCAAGGAGAGCCUCCGCGGGAAGCUGGAGGAGCUCGCGCCCGAGUACGGCCUCGUCGAGCUGUCGUACCCGUCGUUCAUGCGGUGCUACGGGUACCGCUCGCAGCCGCUCUCGGCCGGGGACGCCGUCGAGGCGCUGUCUGCGCUGCUGGACAUCGCGGGAGGGACGCGCAUAGAAGUUGAAGUCGAGGGCACGCGGAAUGGUGGGGAGUGGUUUGGCGGCGGAAAGCUGUGGGAGGGGGGCAAGGAGGGGAGGCACCACAACGAUGAGCGGGAGAACGUGCCCCCCGACGUGCUCGCGAACGUCGUGAAGGCGCAGGUGCGGGCGCAGGCCGCUGGUGACGGUAAGGAGGGCGGAGAGGGCGAGGACGUCGACUGGUGGGUGAAGAACUUCUGGGCGGCGUUCGACGCUCUCAGCGACAUCAACCGACUACGAGAAGCAAUCACGCUCUCGAUGGCCCUCCACCGUGCCAUCAUCCGACAAGGCUCGUCCAUCAUCGACAAGCAGGAUAUAAAGACCCUGCGCGGACACCGCGUCGUCAUCCUCACCCAAGGCCCGGACCUCCCGCUCUUUGUGCAUCCAGGCGUGUUAGGUCGUCUAGCACUCUGGCUGGUCGACGCCCUCCGUGACCGUGUGGAGGCGACGACCGCUGCCUACUCGCGCAGCAAGCGGAAGAGCCUGCCCUUCGUCCUCGCUUGCCUGAACGAGAAGGCAGGGACGUACAUCGUCGUCGGUGUCACUGGAGCCGCUGACUUUGAUGACAUCCGGAAGAAUGAAUUCGGCCUUGCCUUCCUCGACGCCAAGGAGCGCUGUAACGCGCGGACAAGGCAUGGUACGUUCGACACGAGCGUCCUCGAGAUCAACAAGGACGACCUUAAGGUCUUCCUCGAGACCCUGUGCGAAGGUGGGGAGCGCUACUGA